ACCUAAUGGUAUGGGAAGCUGAGACAGACUAGUUUUACCCACAAAGAAGGAAAUGUGUUUGGAGAAACAACCAGCAAUGUGUUUCUAUUCUCUGGAAGAACUUGUAUAAGAUAAGAAAUGCUAGCAUGGGUUUUAUUAACUUCUUAACCUAUUUUCUGGCUGCUGGUGCCAUUAGUCUGGGAAUUGGUUUCUUAGCUUUGUCAUCUGCUUUGUGGUUCCUGAUUUGCAAACGAAGGGAAUUACUUCGAAGUCCCAUCAUUAAAUCAAUUGAUGAAAAGCUGAAACAAAGACUAUACAAACGGAGAGCUAAACCUCAGUCUGUUUUCAUUUCCCGAAACUUUCACACUGGCCAACCUCAACCACAGGUGGAGCACAGAGAAAGGGAAGCAGCACAAAUGAAAGCAGUCAACUCUAAAGAUGAACUCUGCCUUCCGGACCUGGUGGACAGAGAGUCCCCUGACAUGCUCUCAGUAGAAAACGGCAACAGUGUGACAGGGAGCUUGUCAACGUUCAUCCCUAGUUCUUACUAUAGCCAAAGCGUGGAAGCAGCUGAGGAGUGGUUCUUGAAUGACUCUCUAGAAGCCAAGACUCCCCCAGAGCCUUUACUUGGGGAACCUCUAGCAGAAAAGGUGUUAGCAUACCUGUCAAGCAUCUCAUUAGAAGAAUGGCCUAGAAACACAGUGAAUGUGACAUUUUGUGGCAUUCAAAAAGAUGAAAACACUAAGGAAAUGUUUUCACAAAGAAACACAGAGGCUGGCAUACAAAACCUUCCAUGUGAUACUGAAUAA